AUGGAUUAUGCGAUCUUGAAGGUCGCCGACCUAAAAGCUGAGCUGAAGAAGCGAGGCAUCCCGCAAACAGGACUGAGAGUGAAGCAGAAUUUCAUCGACCGGCUUAUCCAAGAUGACAAUGAGCGCGCAAGCGCACAGGCUGAGCAGCCAGCUGAGCCAGCAAAUGCACCCAAGCCAGACAUGGCUCCCCAAGUGACAGCUCCGGUAUACCAAUCCACGCCGGUUCAAGCUCCAGAAGCUCCGUUACCCCGUGAAUCACCAUCGAUACCGAUGGAACAGGUUCCUGUGGCCCCCGCAGCUCCUAUACACCAAGUUACGACGACCCACGUACAACAUGUCACCGUUCCUGAGGCCGCCCCUACGCCCGCUCCCGUCCAAAAGGUCACCAGUAUUUCACAGCUACUCGAGCCUGUCUCGGCCCCCCCCGUUGCCCAGGCACCAGUACCAACACCUCAACCUGCGGUAGCGGAAGCUGAACCCGCUCCGGUUGCAGAAUUGGCCGUGGAGGACAUUGCUCCCGCGCAACCCGAACCCCAACCCGAACCGGAACAGGAACCCAUUCAAGAUGAAAGUGCAACGAAAACUUCACCCACCGAUGCCGACAUCACAAAAGAAGAUACGGACGAGUCGAGGAAACGGAAACGACGCAGCCAGACUCCACCACCGUCGCCCAGAAGCAUCGCACUGAAGAAAGCAAAACUCGAGGAGGAACAGCAGCAAUCUCGACCCGUACCAGAACAAGCCACAGCUGAUGAACAAAAUAAAGAGCAGGAGGAAACGUCAGCCGCUGCACCAGUAACUGUCGAGCCACCCGCUCAAGAUACAGAUGUGGAGAUGAAAGAGAGCACCCCUCCUGCACCCGAGCCUAAACGAGAUAUCGAAGAGGUUGAGGAUAAGACACAGGCACAAAACGAAGCAGAUGAUCAAGAGGAGCUUUCAGAGAGAAAUGAGAAACCACAUGCGCAGAGGAAAUUGGUUGCAGAUGCGCGGUUCAAGGGUUUGUUCCCUGCCACGAACGGGGUUCCUUCGCGCGCGGAGUCGCCACCUCCAGCAGAAGGUGAUGACCGCAUGAUAUCACCUGCCUUACACCCAGCAACCACUGCUUUAUACAUUCGUAACUUCAUGCGCCCCUUACAACCUGCGGCAUUAAAGCGACACCUAUGCUCUCUCGCCGUACCACCAAAUUCAUCCCCAAACCCUGAUGUUGUGGUCGAAUUCUUUUUGGAUUCCAUAAAAACCCACUGUUACGCCAGCUUUACAAGCAUUGCCGCUGCUUCUCGGGUUCGGGCCGCCUUGCAUGACGCCAUCUGGCCGGAAGAACGUACUCGCAAACCACUAUGGGCAGAUUUUAUCCCUGAAGAGAAAAUAAAGGAAUGGAUAGGAAUUGAGCAGGCCCCUGGGAAUAGCGGACGGGGCGCUCCCCGCUGGGAGGUCGUCUAUGACGAAACUGAAGACGGAAUAAAAGCAAGACUCCAAGAGGCGUCGUCUAUAAACAGCGGGCCACCUCGUCCUUAUGACAGCAGCCACAGCGACUCACAUACGGGUUUCGGACGAGAACCGCCCACGGGCCCUCGGGCAGACAGAAUGGGCCCUGGCGGGCAACAGGGAAGCCAGCAAAUUGGCCAAUCUUCUAGCAAAAUGCCAGAACACGGUUUCAAGGCUCUGGACGACAGAUUCCUCUCUACCACCACAAAACCGAAACUCUACUAUCUACCUGUAUCCCGCGAGGUGUCAGAUAAACGCCUAGAUCGGUUUGACGACCUGGCAAAAGCCGGUCCGGUAUCUAAACGAGGCGGCAACGACAUGUUCCGAUAUACAUUCGAGAAUACCGAUGAGUUUGUCGUUCAGGGGCCAGAAUAUGGCUCUCGCCGCGGUGGCAGGGGAAGGGGGGGCGGUGGGCGCAGCGGACGUGGCGGACGCAGUGAUUGGGGAGGCGGCUGGAGAGAAAGCAGCUGGAGAGGAAGAAGAUGA